AUGUCGUCCACCUCCGCCUCGUCCAUUUCCAUUGGGUCCUCCGCAGCCCUCAACUCCUCCACAUCUACUUCCGCAGAAUCAUCCUCAAAACCCAAGCCAUGCUGCGUAUGCAAAGACGAAAAAGCCUCCCGUGACGACUGCAUGCUCUUCUCCAAAUCAGACGACCCCGCGGAACAAGAAUGUCGACCGCUCGUCGAGCAGUAUAAGAGCUGCAUGGCUGGGUUUGGGUUUAAGAUUUAA